GUUAGUGUUGUUACUUAAGUUACAUUUUAUUUUUUAGUUCAAUUUAAUUUAUCAAUUCAAUUUAUUCAGUUAAUUAAGACUAAAUUUAUAUUCAAUAACCCAUUUCAAAAAAAAUUAUGAGUGAUCGAAAAACACUAUUUAUCUAUUUACCUAUUAAUAUUUGUUAAAAUGUUUUUAUAUCUAUGUAGCAGAAUUGUAAAAACCUUAAUUUUGUUUAUAUUAAGGUAACCAUACAUUAAGUAUAAAUGUAUUAAUAUUUUAUACAGAAAAAUACGAUUAAAUAACAUUUCUGAAAUAUAAUUAAUGAAAUUUGAAGUAAUGAAUAUUCAAAUUUUGUGUUGGAAGAAAAAGUAUUAAUUCUUAUCAUGUCUGAAGUAGUAUCAUUUUCGCCAGAAAUGAUUGUGAAAACUGAAUUCGAUGUAUCUACAGGAAAUAAUGAUGACAAUUCCAACAAUAAUUUUGAUGAUAAUGGAGAUGGAGAAAAUGAACAAUCAAAUUUAGAUAGUAAUUUAAAUUCUAGCUAUGAUACAACUUCUGAUGGUGGUACCUCAAUUCAUCGUUGUGAUAAAUGUGAUAAUUAUGAAACGCAUAACGAACGUAAUUUAGUAUCUCAUUUAGCUACAUGCCAAGGAACAGAAAGUAAUAAUGAUAAUGAGUUACAAGUGAACCGUAAAUUAUUUGAAUGUGACAUUUGUAAUAUGAAAUUUUCAAAUGGAGCUAAUAUGAGAAGACACAAAAUGCGACAUACAGGUGUAAAACCUUAUGAAUGUAAAAUAUGUCAGAAAAGAUUUUUUAGAAAAGACCAUUUAGCCGAACAUUUUACUACACAUACUAAGACAUUACCAUUCCAUUGUCCUAUAUGCAAUAGAGGUUUUCAACGACAAAUAGCUAUGAGAGCCCAUUUUCAAAAUGAACAUGUGGGUCAGCAUGAUAUGGUUAAAUCAUGUCCACUUUGUAAUUUUCGCGCUAGUUCAAUGAAAAGUUUAAGAGUUCAUUUUUUUAAUAGACAUGGAAUUGAUUUGGACAAUCCUGGUGUUGGAAUGAUUAAUUCUCCUUCAAAUAAUAUAACUAUUGACUUCAACAGUGGUAAUAUCAAUAACAGUGGUGCAUGCAGUGAUAGUGGAGAAUCUAUCAGUGGUAAUCGUUCUGAAAGUAAUGCUACACCACCAAUGCAUUUUCUUACACCUCAUGUUGAAAUAUCCAUGGCAGAACCAAAUUUAAUGGAGUGUCCUUCAUUUACUUCUCCUCCAAUAACUGAUAAUAACAUUCAAAUAGAAAAUGUUCAAAAUUCAAAUAAUGAAGACAUAACUGCUGAUAAUGAUUCUCCCAAUUCUCCUCAAUCUAUCGAUUCAAACUCAAAUUUGGCAAAUUUACCAGCAAUGUCUAAUAUUACUAGACAAGAGGGUGAAGUAAGCACUAUUACCCCAUCUGUAUCUCUUAUACCAAUUAAACAAGAACAAGGAGAAGAAUUAUCAAAGAAAUCAAAUCAAAAUUCUAUUCAUAAUGGGGAAUCUGAUUCUGGACGUUUUCAAUCAACUACAAAUUUAACUUCAUUAAUUAAAAUAUCUCCAUUAAAAUCGUUAUUACGGGAUGAAUUUAAUCGAAAAAUUAAUUUGAUAAAUACUCCAGAAUCAUCUCUACCCCAUAAUAACGAUCCAAACGUUUGGAAAUGUAUGGCAUUUAAAAAAACUUUACAAUGUUCGUUUUGCGGCAUAACAUUUCCGGACCAAACCCUUUAUUUUCUCCAUAAAGGAUGCCAUUCAGAAACAAAUCCUUGGAAAUGUAAUAUUUGUGGAGAACAAUGUAGUAAUGUUUAUGAGUUCAACUCUCAUUUGUUAAGCAAAAACCAUCAAUAAUAUGCUUAAAGUAAAACAAAAAUAACUUCUUUUUUUUUUUGUUAAUAAUAAGUAAAAUUAUUACAAUUUUAUUUGUAUAAUUUAAUGAAAAAUAUUUCAACUUUUCAUUUUUUUUCGAUCAUCUAUAAGUAUUUGAAAUUUUUUUUAAAGCAAAAUCAAAUUUUAUUUUAAUAACUUGACAUUAAUUUAUUAAUUUAAAAACGUUUGAAAAUACUUUUUAAAAUAUAGUUGAAAAUUAAACUUAAAAGAAAAACCAUAUACAUAUAUGUAGUGAGUUGUCAGGUUAAAGGAAAAAUUGUUAGUACAAAUAUAAUAAUAUAAUUUUGUAAUAAACAUAUUGUAUUAUAUCUUACUUCCUAUUAAUUAUAUAUUUUUACAUAGUUGUUGAUUUCUGUUCCUCUAAAAAAUACCUGUCUUUUUAUCAUUUAUUCAGUGGUGUUAUAUUAAUAUUUUAUGUCUCAAGAUAACUAGGAAAUCAUUUUUUACGUAUAAUUUUUAUCUAUUAUUAUUAUUAUUUUUGUUAUUAAUAGAAAAUAAAUAAUUGACCAAUUUUUGAAUGUUACAUAUAUUGAUUUGAUAAGUUAUUUUACUAUUUUUUUUAUAUAUUUUUAUUAACCUUAAAUAAGCUAAUAUAUAUAUAUAUAUAUAUAUAAAUAUAAUUUUAAUGAUUUGAAAUUUGAAAAUUUAAUUUAAAUAUUUUUAUUUAAUUUUACUAGUUGUUA